AUGGCGUCACCGUUCGUAGAAGACCCCGUGGAGCUUGGUGCGGGGAUAAUGACUUGUGACCACCAGUGCUUGGUGACCAGCAUUGAGGCAAAGUGGCCUGGGUCAGUCCAUGACUCCCGGAUCUUUAGGGAGUCUGCACUGUGCCACAGACUAGAGCAAGGGCUCUUCAGUGGAUUGCUGGUAGGGGACCAAGGGUACGCCUGCCAGCCCUUUUUGAUGACCCCCUAUCCUGACCCCAACACACGGCCACAGACUGCAUUCAAUGUGGCCCUUAGCAGGACAAGGGUCAAGAUAGAGAUGACCUUUGGCAUCCUCAAAGCACGCUUCAAUUGCCUGCGUGGCCUCCGAGUGGCCCCCGACCGGGCUUGUCAAGUGGUGACAGCCUGUGCCGUGCUCCACAAUGUGGCCUCCAUAAGAAGGGAGAGAGCCCCACCUGUCAGCCAGCAACCCCCAGAUGUGGUAGACCCCAUCACCCUCGACUACCCUACUGGCAGGGCCGUGAGAAACUCUAUAACGCGGCAGUUUUUUGUUUAAGGGGAGACAGGCUAUGCCAUUUUUCUUAACAUUUAGUUAUGUGGCGGCAUUCUUUACC